UUCUAUGGACUCCAAACCUCGGCUACUCCUUUUGUUAUUUCUCCCGUUCUCUUCGGCCCGUGCCUGCCACGCCUACGUCGCUAAGAAAACGCCGGUCUCCUCUACUUGGGUUCCCGAUCUUUCCACCAACCAAAAAACAUCAUCCCCGAAAAACCCUUAUAGUAGAAGCAGCAGCAGCCGCGAUGGGGAUAAUCAAGAGUGGCUUCUCGUUCAUAGUAGGAACUGUGUGUGGGGUUUACAUUGCUCAGAACUACGAUGUACCCAACAUCAAGAAGCUUGCCACCACUGGACUUUUCAUGGCUAAGCUCGUUGAAGAGAAAUAUCGCAAGCCCAAGUCUCGAAAUGAUGGCGAUGACUAGUUAGUUACCUUCUCAACCAUCCCCAGGUCUUUCGUUUUUUGUAAUUCUUGAAUUGAUGGGUCAUAAUACAAAAUUUGUUGAAAGAGAACGGAUAUAAAAUGGAAUUUGAUGUUAAAAAGUUUACUUUCGAUCACUUCGUUGAAUGAAUUCUAGAUAUUUACUUGCCCUUUUGAAAAAUAGAUGUAUAUUCGAGAAUGGAUUCUGAUUUUUAUUGGAUCCUUAGUUUUUGACAAA